AUGGCAUGGCAAUCGCCGUCGGCCAUGAACGCAGGCGGAGCGAACGGCGGAGGAGACGGCAGUGCGCCGACCGGCACAGAGUACACGCUGCAGGGAGUCAUGCGCUUCCUGCAACUCGAAUGGCACAACCACGAACGCGCCCGCAACGCCUGGGACAUUGAGCGUGCCGAGAUGAAGGCCAAGAUCGCAAAGCAGGAGGGCGAGGUGCGCAGCGCAAAGAAGCUGAACGACCAGUUGAACAAGCACAUCCGCAUGCUGGAGCACGUCCUGACCAACGAGCGCGCCAAGACCAGGACGGGCGCCGAUGCCCACGCCUCGGACGACUCCAAAGACGCAAAGGGCAAGAAGAGCGCCUCGAAACCCCAGAACAAGCAUCACAACUCCUUUCUCGAUGUCGACUCGGAAUUCCUCGACCGCACAGACAUCGAUCGCGACGGCCUGCGCGAGAAGUCGAAGCUGUACCUCACAAAAUGCGUCGAGGAGAUUACCUAUCUGCUGACGCCGCCGCCGCAGCCUCCGCCACAGCAGCCUGGAAUGCACGGCCUGGGCAACGGCGCCGGCUUCCUCAAUCACGGCGACGCUUCCAUGGAGGAAAUGUACAUGCAGCAACAGCAGCAACAGCAACAACAACAGCAACAGCAACAACAGCAACAACAACAGCAGCAGCAGCAGCAGCAGCAGCAGCACCGUCAGAAGAUGCAGUCCCAACUCCCCACACUGCCCAACGCUUCCGUGCCGAACCAUCAGUCACCGGCCACCUCCGAUUACCAAAACCUGCCUCACCACCCCCAGAUGCAUGCUGCGCCGCAGAUGACCAGGGAGCCGUCUGGACAGCAGCCACUGCCUCAGCACGCUGGUCUUCCCGAGUUUCUCGGGCAACAGCAGCAACAAUCGCAAUCGCAAGCCCAACCCCAACAGCACCACUACUCUUCGGUUCCCGAGGAGCAAGUAGAGAAGGUCACCCACACAUACGACAACCAUGGCCGCCAGAUACCAAACCGCGAGGACGUCAGCCGGAGUCCCAGCCAGCCCAAUGUCGACGAAUCGGAAAGCUGGAACUUCGAGGAGCCCAUCAGCGAGAUUGCACAAGACAGUCUAGCUUCGAGGAGACCUGACACGGAAAUGUUUCCCAACGCGAGCCAAAUCCCGCCAAAAUCGCCUCCGAGGGUUACAAAGGGUCGAAGAGCGAGUACGGAUCACAAGCGCAAAGCCAGUAGCGAACUACAAAACCAGAAUGCGGUCGCCCCGAGUGCGAGGACAGAUCCCCAGAGUUUCAAGGUUCGAUUCGCACUGCGCGGCCAUCUCGACGUCGUUCGCACCGUCAUCUUCACAGGUGGUGGCAGUCCAGCCGAGCCUGAGAUCUGCACGGCAGGCGACGAUGGCAUGAUCAAGAGAUGGAUCAUACCAGCGAGCUACGCCAGUCAACACAGCAUGAACAACGACCUGGACAUUGCCUCGUUCUGGUCACACAGGGGCCAUGAGGGUGCUGUAACAUCUCUGGCAGCGUGUCCUGCUUCUGCACACUUUGCAACGGGCGGCCGUGUCUCCGGCGAUGGCUGGAUAUUCUCAGGUGGUCAGGACGCCACCAUCCGUGUUUGGGAAAGAGGUCGCGUUGAUCCCAAGGCUACGUUGGACGGCCACACUGAUGCUGUCUGGACCGUGUGUGUACUGCCAACGACAUGCGCAUCCGUAUUUGGGCCAGACUGCAGCAACUACGGUGGCCCAGACCGCAUACUCCUUGCUUCAGGUUCUGCGGACGGUACCAUUAAAAUCUGGGCGGUCAGCGCACCCCCUCAGCUCGUAUCGCCGCAGACCAACACACGGCGCGGUGGCAGUCGAAGACACUCGGUCACAUCAGGCUCCAACUACCCAUCGUCGCCUCAGCCAAGUGUUGCCACGUCGACGCCCUUCCACUACAUGCUGGUACAUACGAUUGAGCGAGCCACGCACCCGUCUCCUACAUGCAUCAGUCCCCUGUCGCUGAGCGGGGAGAACUUUGUUGUAUCCUUUACGGACGCAUCAAUCAUGGUUUACGACACACGAACCGGAGAAGAGCUUAUUGGCAUGGCCAGCAAUGAAACCUAUGACGGCACGCCUGCGACCGGUAUUACGUCCGUGGUCACAAGCUCGCAAAACACGGAACCUACCGCACAGGAUGCGGUACGCGGUUCAGAAGACGAGGCGAUUCAUGGGCCUACAGGGUCUAACAGUGGCGGCGGUCUAGAGGGUGUGAUUAUCAGUGGGCACGAAGACCAGUUCAUUCGUUUCUUCGAUGCAAACUCUGGACAAUGCACAUACAGCAUGCUGGCUCACCCGUCCGCCAUAUCUUCCCUCUCCCUCAGCAAGGACGGUCGCGAAGCUGUCUCGGCUGGUCACGACGCCUCGAUCCGUUUCUGGUCACUCGACAAGCGUAUUUGCACGCAAGAGAUCACUGCUCACCGCAUCAUGCGUGGUGAGGGUGUCUGCAGCGUUGUGUGGAGCCAAGAUGGCCGUCUUGUUGUCUCAGCGGGCGGCGACGGUAUCGUCAAGGUCUUUGCAAGGUAG